AUAGCCCGUGACCCGGACCCGGAGAGCCGCCUGACCCGGUCAUGGUUUCGUCUUCUUAGACACCGCUACUUCCGACGAGCUCGGUACCAGAUCACAUGAUACGGCCUACCUUGUGCGGUGUUCUUCAUCGUGGCCAUGGCCGUCGUGUCCUUUGUAGUUUAUUUAGGCCACAACCUGACCAUUAAUCUCAACACAUCUCUUGCAUUUUCUCGUCAAUUAUCAACCUAAACUAAUGGUUCUGUCCGGUAUCAUUGAAAAAAUAGGAGACUAGGAGGGUCGGAAACCCCAACGACAAUCCUUUCCAUUCCCACCCCCGUAAGCAAAUAGGUUGAAAGAUACCAGUUGACCGAAGGAAGACUGGGAGACGUCGAUGGUUAGCGGCAUCAUCCAAAAUUUAUUCCGAAUCUUGCUUAUCACGGGAAUUCAUCAAUGCAUACAUCAUCUUACAACACUAGACGACUGACCCCUAACGAAUGAGACUGUCCGGUUUGACUAACACCUGAACAAAGCAGUGUAUCUCGUGACCACUACCAGCGGUGAGAUGGUGUGAAGGAGCUGAAGGGGUUCAUGCUAUAGGUGCUGGAGUGAAGUCUCUUUCCCUAGGAGAUUGGGUUAUUGCCUUUCCACCAACUCCAGGCACAUGGCAGACUUAUGCUUUAGAAGAACAAAGUUUCUGGUAUAAAGUUGACAAAAGCACACCAAUGGAGUAUGUUGCCACUCUAUUGUUAAUCCAAUGACUGUCUUGAGAAUGCUCGAGGACUUUGUUGCAUUAGAAUCAGGUGGCAGAUGGUACCAAAACAAGAAGGAAUGAAAAACAUCACAUACCUUCGCAGUUUGUUUGGGCACAUAGAGAAAAGAGGGAGGGCAAUACAACUACCGGUAUGUGCACUUUGGGAAAGAGGACUUCCCGUAGACAAGGAAUUCAUCUGUAAUUGACAAGAAUACACAUUAGGAACCGACACACAAAAGAACCCACACAAGCAUGCAACACAGAGAUGGCACACAAGCGUUAGUUCUGUGGAAAAAAUAAGUUAGGUAAGCGAUGUGGCUUAAUAUGAAACAGAAAGCACAGUGAAUGUACAUGGGUUAUCUGAGUUGUUGCAAUAACCAGCGGGUGUUCCAGCUACGUUCAGAGAGAAGCCUUCCUUGUCAAACAUCAACACUUUAAACGUGAAAUUACCAAUGUGCCUUAGGAGAACAUAUGCGCUGAAUUCAAUAUUAUUUUCUAUAAACAAUUCAGCAAAUCUAUCAGAGAAAGAGCAAUCGUCAACUUUGACAGUCCAUGAGGUGGCUCCAUAUAUAAGGUGAAUGUAAGGCUUGAUAUGUUCAAACAGAUGCCUAUGCAUACAGUCCGGAAUUUUCCGGACAAUAAAGUGAAAAGAGAAACAACAGUAGUGCGAAUGGGCACCAUCAAGAAACAAAAUAAUCAAGAGUAAAUGAAUGAAUGUGAAGCAGGAAGCGUCAAACAAGUUCGAUGUCACGAGUGUUUAGGAGAAACCUAACAAUAGUGAACUGUAGCACGUCGGAUAAUUGGAACGAACCUGUUAUCGAGCAUGCUAUGAAGUUUGAACAAUAACAAACAAAAUAGAAAAAAUGCUCAAAGACUUUAAAUGUACUCAUUUUCUAAAAAGGAAGAAAUGGCGCAUAUAAAUCGCAAAAGAAAAUCAACCUACAAUGAGAGACAUCGAUGGGUCUCGUCGCACAAAUGGCUAAAUUUGUGCUCAAUUUCUGCUUUGUUCCUGAAGUUUGUUGGCAAGAGCUUGAAACACCUCGAAGCUCGCAAGAAUUGCUUCCAAUCUUGGCUUGUCUCACAGUCACACUCUUCUGCAUUUGUCUGGGUAACAACAACAACCAUAAUUUUCCUGUCGUGCACUGUGUUCAUAAAAUACAUAAGAGUCUCAUUGCUCGAAGGAUGCUUUGCACUUUCGACGGAACAUUUGAUGAACAAAUCCAUAAAACCCGUGAACAACAAACAAAUGAGUACAAUUAAUGUAUGUAUAGAGCAUGUGAGUUUGGAAAUGAAAUCAAGGAGUGUAAGAGAGACAAUAGCAACACACUGUUUGAGUAACCUUUACCUGAGAAUGACUGGAUAGAGAGGCGUGCAAAAUCACAGCAACAAAGAAACCAAAGAAAAUCAAACUUAUGGUUGCAAACAAAAUCAAGAAGUGUAAGAGAAGAGAGACAAUAGCAACACAAUGUUUGAGAAAACUUUACCAGAGAAUGGUUGGACAGAGAGGCGUGUGAAAUCACAACAAACUUUACCUGAGAAAAUUGACGAUAAGGUGUGUUGGUUCUAAGCGACGAUGGUUCGCAUGAAAGGAAGCGGGAGUGCAGCGGUAGAGAGAUGAAGAGACGUGUUGGCAGUUGGUACGGACUAAUAAACAGCAUUGGACGAUGCCUUGUAUUUGUUGAUUAAUUAAUAGAACUAAAC